GAAUUAUAAAUCCAUUGUCCACCAGUCAGGAGGCUGCGGACGGCUCCUCGUGCGGUGCAAGUAGCGUUUCUCCUCCUCAUCAUAAAACUUUUGUGUCCACAAUGAGGGAAAUCGUGCAUAUCCAGGCCGGCCAGUGCGGUAACCAGAUUGGUGCCAAGUUCUGGGAAGUGAUCAGCGAUGAGCAUGGCAUCGACCCCACAGGGACUUACCAUGGAGACAGUGACCUGCAGCUGGACCGGAUCAGUGUUUACUACAAUGAGGCCACAGGAGGUAAAUAUGUGCCCAGGGCCAUUCUUGUGGACUUGGAGCCUGGGACCAUGGACUCUGUGAGGUCUGGACCCUUUGGACAGAUCUUCAGACCUGACAAUUUUGUCUUUGGUCAGAGUGGUGCUGGAAACAACUGGGCCAAAGGUCACUACACAGAGGGAGCUGAGUUGGUGGAUUCAGUCCUGGAUGUGGUCCGUAAAGAGUCUGAGAGCUGUGACUGCCUCCAGGGCUUCCAGCUCACCCACUCUCUGGGUGGUGGCACCGGCUCUGGUAUGGGAACCCUGCUCAUCAGCAAAAUCCGUGAGGAGUACCCUGACCGUAUCAUGAACACCUUCAGCGUGGUGCCCUCCCCUAAGGUGUCAGAUACAGUGGUUGAGCCUUACAAUGCCACCCUUUCAGUCCACCAACUUGUAGAGAACACAGAUGAAACCUACUGUAUUGAUAACGAGGCCCUCUACGACAUCUGCUUCCGCACGCUCAAACUGACCACACCCACUUACGGAGACCUCAACCAUCUGGUGUCCGCCACCAUGAGUGGAGUGACCACCUGCCUCCGCUUCCCUGGCCAGCUCAAUGCUGACCUCCGCAAACUGGCUGUCAACAUGGUGCCUUUCCCUCGUUUGCACUUCUUUAUGCCAGGCUUUGCACCUCUGACCAGCAGGGGUAGCCAGCAGUACCGCGCCCUCACAGUGCCUGAGCUCACCCAGCAGGUGUUCGACGCCAAGAACAUGAUGGCCGCCUGUGACCCACGUCACGGCCGCUAUCUGACCGUUGCUGCUGUUUUCCGUGGCCGCAUGUCCAUGAAGGAGGUUGACGAGCAGAUGCUGAAUGUGCAGAACAAGAACAGCAGUUACUUUGUCGAAUGGAUCCCCAACAACGUCAAGACCGCUGUCUGCGACAUUCCACCCCGUGGCCUCAAGAUGGCUGUCACUUUCAUCGGCAACAGCACAGCCAUCCAGGAGCUGUUCAAGCGCAUCUCAGAGCAGUUCACAGCUAUGUUCCGUCGCAAGGCCUUCUUGCACUGGUACACCGGCGAAGGUAUGGAUGAGAUGGAGUUCACUGAGGCUGAGAGCAACAUGAAUGACCUGGUGUCUGAGUACCAGCAGUACCAGGAUGCCACUGCUGAGGAAGAGGGUGAAUUUGAGGACGAUGCUGAAGAGGAUGCUUGAAGAAUAAGACGUCAGUGCCAAAAUGGAUAAAAAAAGAAUCAGUGAAACAACCACAAAAGUAACAAAGGAACAAAAAUAGUGUCAAGAGCAGUGUUAGAAUCAACUUUAGAGCACAUUAGAUACCCCUUGUCAAUCAAUGCAAAUAAAGUUGGCAAAUUAAAAUUA